AUGUCGAGUCUAAAUACUGAAAAAGAAAAUACGUCUAUUGAUCACUUUGAUGAUAAAGAAAAUAUCAAAUAUCCUAUUAAUAAUAAUAGUAGUAGUAGCACUCGCUUUAAAACCAUUAAGUUCGACAAAUUAUCAUCAAAAGUUGAUGAAAAACAGCAACAACAGCCGCAAUUACUACAGCAAUUAUGUCCAAAUAAAUAUAUCCUUCCAAAAAACAUUAUGGCUUUGAAUAAUAGUAAUAUUCAAAGUAAUAUUUCCCAGCCUACCCAAUCUACUUCAAAAUUUGCACAUUCUAGUGUUAAUGGCAGUAAUGUUGGAAUGAGUUCUGUCAGGCAACCAUUAAGAGUUUUGCACGUUAAUGAUAAUAAUCAAGGAAAUAAUAGUUUGAUUAACAAUAAUCCAAGUUUGAUUAAUAAUAAUACAAGUUUGAUUAAUUAUGCAAAUAUUAUCAAUGCCAAUAAACAACAACAGCCUCUUCAUAAUAUAAAGAAUUUUAAAAAUCAUACUGAAGCUGAAGUUGUAAAUGUCGUAAUAGAAAGGAUAAUCUCUAACGAUGGUGAUAAAAUUUCUCAAGUGAGAAAAUUAUCAGAUGUAGAUGAAAAUGAAAUACAAGCUAACAAUAGCGAGCUUUUUGUCCGUGAUCCAACUAUUAAACCGCCAUAUACCUAUGCUUCAAUGAUUGGACAAGCAAUUCUAACUUCUGAAAAACAAAUGAUGACACUAAGUGAAAUUUGCAAUUGGAUCACAAAAGUUUAUCCAUAUUAUAGAAAGGAGCAGAAAGGAUGGCAGAAUUCAAUUCGUCACAAUCUUUCUUUAUAUGAUGUAUUUGAAAAAGAAACCAACGAAAAAAUUACAAAAAAAGGUGGUUAUUGGAAAAUACCAGAGCAAUAUCGUGAUUGCUUUGUUAAUGGAAAUUAUGUGCAUGAAAAGAUGCCAACCUCUCGUAAAAGGAUAAAGAAAGUAGAGAAAGAAUUAGCCGAACAAAGAGAAAAUGCAAUCAAUAAUAUCACUAGUAUCACUUCAGUUGAACAUACUAAACAAAGAGCAACACGAUUUUUAACACCACCACCAUCAUCUUCAUCAUCAGAUCAAGAAGUUGUAGUUCCUUUCAGGGAAGACCUUAUUAAAGAAGAUACUGGGAUAUAUGUGAACAUGCGUGAUGUUGAAUAUGCUUCUUAUUAUUAA